AUGAAGAAGGAGUUGGUUAAAAAGACUCAGGACGCUACAAGCUUUCUGUCCUCCCUCAACAAGGUUGAGGCCAAGAUCAGGGGAUUGUUGGAUAAGGCCAAUGCUACCAUAGCUGCUCAAGGUAAGGCCAAGGAGAGGGCUGAGGUCGCGAAAACUGUGGCCGAGGUAGCCAAGGCUAAGUCCAAGGAAGCCAAGGUCAAAGCCGCCAAAGCCGAAGAAAAGCUAAAGGGCACCUUGGAGAGUAAAGAGGCCAAGAUCAAGGCGGCCGACAAAAAGGCCUAUGCUAAAGGGCAGGUCGAUGUCGAUGAAGCCGGAUAUGAGGAAGUCGAGGUCGACGAGGCCAAUGAAGAGGUGGAGGUUACUGUUGGGGCCAAGUUCCCUACUUUGAAUGAUCAAGUCUUGGACUUGACUAAAGAAGAUGGGGAUGAGGUCUCCAAGAACACCUCACCAACCAAAGCUGAUGAUGAGAAGUGCCUCGAGGCCACACUUCUGGAAAUCGAUGCCGAGGUCACGGACGAGAAGUCUGCUACAUUGCUUGCCGAGGCUGAAACACUGCCAAUAGCCAAGGUUGAACAACCUGAAAUCAACGCAGAAGAUCUUGCCCUGUUUGAUUGGGGGAUAUAA